AUGGAGACCAACAUUAAUAAUAUUGCCAUUGUGCAUUUGUGUGCAAUUGGCAUUAUUAAGAAUCAGGACAAUGAUUAUGUGUUCACUUCUAAUAUUAUUUUCGAUCUAUUGUCAAGUACUUAUUAUCCUUUCUAUAAUGAAGUAACUCUGCCAAAAAUCACAGUUAUUAACUCACCUCAAGACUUUUUGAUGAAAGUUUUGGACCUUUUAAAACACAUUUGUCAUGAUGUAAUUUUUGAUCCCUUAGCCACCAAUCAGCACUCUUUUUCUAAAGCAGUUAUUCAAGGAGAACUUUAUAUCUUAUUAUGUGUGGCUGUAUCAUAUCCAUUCAAUAAGUAUGGAAUUGAAUGUAAAGUCAAUAAGGUUUUUGAUAAUGAAAUUAAAAGUGCAAAUGAACAGGCUAUUGGAUACACAGAAGGACAAAAAAAACCAAAAAAAGGAAUUUACUUUGAAAUGGUUCAUAUAUUAUAUUCACAAGCAACUCGAAAUGCAAAAAUCCUUUGCAAUGGUAUGGAGGAUGAGGAAAUUCAAAUUAUUAUUUAA